CGCGAGGUGACCACUGCACGCGGACAAGAGUCGUAAAAGUCUCGUGUCGUGCCAAAGUGCUCGAAUGUCCUCUCCGAGCGCAGCACGCGUCCCUCACAAGAGGAAGACCAAGAUGAAGCACUUCGUGCAGCAGAAAGUGGAGGUGUUCCGUGCUCGGGAGCCCGUGUCGAGCGUGCUCAUGUGGGGAGUCAAUCAUUCGAUCAACGACCUCAGCCAGGUGCCCGUGCCUGUCAUGCUGCUUCCAGAUGACUUCCGUGCCAGUACCAAGGUCAAAGUCAACCACCACCUCUUCAACAAAGAGAAUCUCCCAGGACAGUUUAAAUUCAAAGAGUACUGUCCCCAAGUCUUCAGGAACCUGCGUGAGCGCUUUGGCAUUGAGGACCAGGAUUUCCAGGUGUCUCUGGCUCGCGGUCCGCCCCUCAAAGACGGGGAUGGGACAUGUGAGGGCCUGCUGCUGUUGUCAUAUGACCGCACAUUGGUGGUCAAAGAAAUCUCCAGUGAGGAGGUGGCCGAGAUGCACAACAUCCUUUCUGAAUAUCACCAGCAUGUUGUCACCUGUCACGGUUCUACGCUCCUCCCUCAGUUCCUGGCUAUGUACAGAGUCACAGUGGAGAGUGAGGAUACCUAUCUGUUGGUCAUGAGGAACAUGUUCAGCCACAGACUGCAUGUACACAGGAAGUAUGACCUCAAGGGCUCCCUGGUGUCUCGAGAAGCAACUUUUAAAGAGAAGGUCAAAGAUCUUCCCACCUAUAAGGACAUCGACUUUAUGAACAACAUGCAAAAGAUUUACCUGUGCGACGAGGAGAAGCAGAGUGCCAUGGACAAGCUUAACAGAGAUAUUGAGUUCCUGGUACGGAUGAGGAUCACGGACUACAGCCUCCUGCUGGGUAUCCAUGACGUGGAGAGGGCUGAGGAAGAGAUGGAGUCGUCUGAUGGUGAAGAAGAGCAAGAUGAAAGCAGCCAAUCUGCGCUUCCGGAAUCCACUUCACCAGAAGGCAUUGCUGGCUACAUGAACUCCUUCAAGCCGAUGGGCCCCGGGGAGUUCGACCCUUACGUGGACGUGUACGCUAUUGAGAGCGCUGUAGGUGCACCGCGGAGAGAAGUGUAUUUCAUGGGUCUGAUUGAUGUGCUGACGCAGUAUGACACCAAGAAGAAAGCCGCUCACGCAGCCAAGGCUGUCAAACACGUGGCAGGAGCAGAAAUCUCGACAGUUCAUCCAGAUCAGUAUGCUAAGCGUUUCAGGGAGUUCAUCGCAAAGAUAUUUGCCUAGCAGUCCAAAAAUUCCAUCAUUUCACACAUACAAAGGUGGAGAGUGCGGAUCCUUCAAAAAAGACUUGGAUUUGAUUUUCCCAAAUGAAUUAAACUUAAAAAGAACCAUCUUU